AUGCUACGAGUAAUCGGUCUCCAGACACGCAUUUUGCACGUAACUGCAAUUCACCACCAUUAUUCCAUUAUUCGAAAGCUAAAAAAUGAAACAGACAUAGACGAUCUUUUUUCCACGCCCCCAACGUCAGCAACCAGCAGGUCGCAUUCCAUGGUUGAUCCAUACAUACUCAGCAAGCUGCUGAAUCUUUCAGGCCUAUCACAAGACAUUUCAGAUCAGGAAAAAAAGGAACUCAUUCUGUCGCUAAAUGAUCAUUUAAAGUUCGUUUCUCAGCUGGAGGAUGCUACAAGUUCCGGCGAGCUUAAAAGACUGGUUGAGGACUCUGAAGAGCUCACAUUCGAUGAUAUCGUUUCUGAGAUAGAAAAUAGCGCCGCAGAACUGGAAAAAGGAGAACCAGAAGAAUCUUGGAACUCGCUCAGCCUGACGUCGCAGCACGAGGAAAACUAUUUCGUCGUAAACGAAGGCCUCAUUAAACAAAAUAAGCAAUAA